AGUAUCAGCAAAGCUUCUCCACAACUUCUCCCUUCUAACCUCUAUAAAAGAUAGAGAAAAACAAGGAAAAAAGCAUUUACAAAAUACAAAGAGAUAAUAUGGGAAAAGAACUCUCCAUAGCCCUUCUAGCCAUAGCAGUGGUUGGUUUGCUUCACUCCACAGCAGCAAUGGAAACCCAUGUGGUUGGAGACAAAAUCGGGUGGGUGGUUCCUCCCGGCGGUCAAUACGCUUAUGAAAGUUGGGCCGCCAUGCACCAUUUCGCCGUUGGUGACCUUCUUGUGUUCAACUUUACAAAUGGUGACCAAGAUGUAGCGAGGGUCACAAAGGAAGCUUUCGACAACUGCAAUUCGACAGACCCCAUAACCCUUAAAACAACCAGUCCGGCCAACUUCACCUUGAACACCACUGGAGAGUACUAUUUCAUUGGCACCAAGGACAAGCACUGUGAGUUGGGACAAAAGCUGGCCAUCAACGUGACUGCCGAACAUGGAUCACCUGCUCCAAGCCCUGCACCCAGAGGACCAGUGACUUACGUCGUUGGUGAUAAAUUGGGUUGGCUUGUACCAGGCGGUGAACAGGCUUAUGCUGCUUGGGCCUAUGGCAAGACUUUCAUUGUCGGAGACACUCUAGUUUUCAACAUUGUCAAUGGAACACAAGACGAUGUGGCUUUGGUGACCAAGCCAGCUUAUGAAAACUGCACCACCAACAGCACUAUCGCCGUUUACAAAAAUAGUCCAGUGAGUAUCCUUCUCAACACCAGCGGUGAGCAUUUCUUCAUAUCCACCUACGAUCGCCACUGCCUAUUGGGCCAAAAGCUAGCCAUUAACGUGACAUCAAGCACAGCCCAACCACCAUCGGCCAAGACACCAUCGGGUUCCAUGGCACCUUCCUCGCCUACUCCUCACGGCACAAGUGGACCAGGCGCUGCUCAUGCUCCAUUCAGCUCAGCCCCAUCCAGGAUUGGCAGCGGCUACUUCACCUUCUUGCUCAUUGCCGUGGCAGCUUUCUUCUAUUGAUCAUUAGUCACUAGCUAGCCAUGUGGCUAGCUCAUGUUGAUAUUUGUAAUUCCUUUGGAAUAUGUUCUAUAUAAUUGCAGUACAUACUAUGAGGCUGUAUUGAUUUUAUUUGAUUUAUAUUUUAUGAUUUUGCUUUUGUAUUCACCUUUGGCCUUCGUAAUAAUCCUGGUUGUAUGUACGUUCCUUUACUCUAGUUAUAUACAAACAACUGCUGCCAAUUGCUUUU